AUGGCCCAUCUCCUUGCCUCCCUCGGUGCUGUCGGCGGUUCGGCUGCCCUCACGGGUACUGCCCCCCUCCUCGCCGCCGCGGCUCCUUCACCGGAACAGCACCAACCGGGCGCUCACGCCCCGGGGUGUGCUUCCGCUCACGCGGGCGCGGCUGCUGAGCAAGAAGAUGACGACGACGACGACGAUGCCGACGUCGAAGAGAUAUUCGUGGACUUUUGGAGGGAGAUCGAGAGACCGGACACCUCUCGUAUCUCGGUGGCUUCGACCAGCAGCGCUACUGCCCACAACGACCUCCCUGCCGCCCCGCCCGCCCACAAUCCCGUCCCUCCUCUCACCGAGGACAUCGACGCGUCUACCCAGCAGACGCAGCGCAACUCUUCCGUCUCGGGCGAGCAAUCGCCUCGAGCUCUGCCCGCGCUGGGUAGAGGACGAUGCAGUUUGACUGCUUUCUCGAGCGCAGUCGCCGCAAGUGGUAGUGGCCUUGGCUUUUCUGAGGUCGCUGCCACCUCUGCCACCGCUGCUGUCUCGUCGCAGGAAGAGUCAGAGGAGUCGUUACAGGCUGAGUCUGGGUUCGAUGCCUCGGUAUUGGGAGAGACGUUGGAGAUUGGAACGGCGCGUACAGUCCGGUACGUAUGGGCGCCGCAGCAGGCGAGGGUGGUGCAGAUAUCUGCCCGUCGUGGCUGCCAAGGUCAGGCCGAAGAAGGUAACGAAGAAGGAGAGGAAGUGAGGAACGAUGAUGUCCAAGGGAGGGGCAGGGAACUCGUUGGCGUUGCUGCUAGCACUCCCACUACCAGGGACAACAGUGGCGUCAACAAGGAGGUUGCAGUUGAUGAUUAUGACGAGGGUAUGGAGGACCAGACUGCCGAGGAAGCGGCCGCGCAAGCGGCUCCCGACCAACGCAGGAACCGACGGCACGGACGUGUGUAUUCCUCCAAAGAGGUUCGGUCGUUGAGACGCCUCGGACGGGUUUUUACCACCGAAGAUGCUCAUGCUACGGCUCCGGUGGCGGCUCCCGUCGUUCUUCCCAACUUGGGUUCACCGUCGGCUUCGGCUGGCCCCCAAGACUUUCUCGCGGUCCCUCAACCGAGGGUUCCACCUGCGAGCCACGCCGUUGGUGUCGACCCCUACGGCACCGGCGGUAACACUGUCCCAAUCAUGGCAGUGGGCGAGCAGGCGCCGGAAACGGCCCCGUAUCAUUCUGAUAUGGGUCACCGUGCCGCCCUUUCUGACGACGAGGAGCCCUAG